AUGACGGGACCGAACCUGGGUCUUGACAGCAGCAUGGGCUGUUUCUUCAUAGGUGUGCUGUUCGCCAUCAUGUUCUACGGCUUCACCUGUGCCCAAGUGUUGUACUACGUCUGGCGAUAUCCAAAGGACCAGAUGUGGUUAAAAACAAUGGUUGCAGUCCUGUGGCUGCUAGACACUGCAACGACGAUUUUUGACGUUGUGUUCAUCUGGCAUUAUGUUGUAGGAGGACACGCGGAUAUUUUCACUCUUCUUUCUCUUCCCAGCGCUGGUGCCGCUGAAUAUGGGCUCGCUGUGCGUUUUUAUACCUCUAUGCGCUCAUCUAUAUGCGAUGAGCUGACCCUCCGUAGGCAACGAUAG